CUCCCCUCCCGCUCGGCCGGCCCCGGUCGGAGCAAGCGCCGGUUACAAGGCCGUAUCGUCAGUGUGGCGCGAGACGGCACGCGUGGUGGUCAGUUCUCACACGCCCCGGGGAGCGUAAGGACAGGAUCAGAGCGGCCGUGGCGCAGUUGGACUGUUGUACUGACGGGGAGGGGUGAGAGCGUGCUCAGCAGCAAAUCCGCCGCGGAACGGCAGCGGCCGAGAGCGCUCGUCGUUCAGAGUGUCUGCGACCCGUGGCGAAGAUUAGAAAAGCCUACGCAGAAGAGCGGUCACCAUGCCGACUGCCAGUGCGCAGCAGCCUGCCGUCACAUUCACUGUCAACGAUGAGCCCCAGACAGUGCUGCACCGUCUGUCGCCGGAGGGCGUGCCGAGCGACGUGUCGGCCACCACGUCCCUGGCCGACUACCUGCGCCUGCACCAGCACAAGCCCGGCACCAAGACCAUGUGCCGCGAGGGCGGCUGCGGCGCGUGCGUGGUGUCGGUGCGCGUGCCCGACCCGGCCACCGGCCAGCCGGUGACGCGCGCCGUCAACUCGUGCCUGGUGCCGCUGCACGUGUGCCAGGACUGGGAGGUGAAGACGGUGGAGGGCAUCGGCGACCGACGCGUCGGCUACCACCCGCUACAGAUCCGCCUGGCGCACCUGAACGGCACGCAGUGCGGCUACUGCAGCCCCGGCAUGGUCAUGUCCAUGUACAGGUGCGUAUACAGCCACCGUGGUGUGGUCAUGUCCAUGUACAGGUGCGUGUACUUCCACCCCAGUGUGGUCAUGUCCAUGUACAGGUGCGUGUACUGCAGCCUUGGUGUGGUCAUGUCAAUUUACAGGUACGUGUACAGCAGCCUUGGUGGGGUCAUGUCCAUGUACAGGUGCGUGUACUGCAACCUCGGUGUGGUCAUGUCCAUGUACAGCCUGUUGAACUCGAAGGACAAGGUGACGAAGGCUGAUGUGGAGCAGGUUUUGGACGGCAAUUUGUGUCGCUGCACGGGAUACAUGCCCAUUCUGGAAGCUUUCAAGACCUUUGGCGAGGAUGCAGACGACAAAAUGAAGGCAAUGGUUAAAGACAUCGAGGACGCGGUCGCCUGUAAGCCGAGUGGAGGCGCGUGCGGCGGCGGCGGCGGCGGCGGCGGCUCCCGUUGCGCCGGCUGUCCCCGGGCGCUGCCGAUGGCGGCCGGCGAAGCGCAGUGGUCGCUACCCGAUAGCAUGGCCAAGCUGUACGCGGCGCUGGCGGCGGUGCCGGCCGGCCGCUCCUUGCGCCUGGUCACCGGCAACACAGGCUCAGGUGUUUACAAGAGAGAUGGGCCCUUCGACGCCUACGUUUCCGUGCUCAAGGUUCCCGAGCUUCACAAAAUCACCAAGUCAUCUUCGUCCGUGAGCUUCGGCUCCGCGGUGACCCUCUCGCGGCUGAUCGAGGAACUUCAGUCUCUGAGCGAGACCGCCGGCUUCCGCCACUGCGGCCAGAUGGCGUCCCACCUGCUGGUGGUGGCCAACACUCCGGUCCGCAACAUGGGCAGCUGGGCCGGCAACCUGAUGAUCAAGUACCACCACCGCGAAUUUCCGUCUGACGUGUUCCUGCUGCUGACGACGGCGCGGGCCAAGCUGGUGGUCGCGGACGCCAGUGGAGCCUCCAUGGAGAUGAACGUGGAGAAGCUGUACGAGAUCGGCAUGGAUCGCAAGGUCAUCCUGUCCAUGACGCUGCCGGCCAUCGACGACAACAAGUACACCUUCAUGUCGUACAAGAUCACGCCGCGCGCUGUGAGCGCCCAUGCAUACGUCAACGCUGCCUUCCUGCUACCCUUGGACAAGUCAAGCAUGGUCAUCACCGAGAAACCCACUGUGCUGUUUGGUGGCAUCAACAAGACUUUCGUGCACGCGGCGGCAACAGAGGCGUACCUGACCGGCAAGAGCCUGUCGGAGCCGACCACCGUGAAGGGGGCGCUGGCGGCGCUUCAGGCUGAGGUCAAGCCGGACGAGGACCCGGAGCUGGCCGACGUGGAAGUACCGGGCAGAGUCGCCGGGCCCGAGCUGGGCCUGAGUCAUGGAGUGAUCCUCCACGUGCUCGGUGACAAGGUGCCUGCACACCUGCGCUCUGGCGGCCAGGAGCUGAUGCGCCCGCUGGUGAUCGGGUCUGAGAAGUACGACACCGACAAGGACCUGUGGCCCGUCAGCAAGCCAGUGCUGAAGCUGGAGGCACAGGCUCAGACCGCCGGCGAGGCGGAGUACGUGGGGGACCAGCAGCCGCUUGCGGGGGAGGUCCACGGCGCCUUCGUCCUCUCCAAGGUGGCCAAGGCUCGGCUGAAGACCGUGGACGGCAGCGCUGCCCUGGCGUUGGAUGGAGUGAGAGGCUUCUACACCGCAAAGGAUGUCGAUGGACCGAACCAAUACAAAGGGGAAAAGAACCUGGAAGAGCUGUUUGUCACGGACAAGAUUCAGUACUGCGGCCAGGCCAUCGGCCUCGUGGUGGCCGACACUUUCGAGAUUGCCCGCAAGGCGGCGGCACUGGUCAAGGUGGAGUACUCCGACGUAGAGCGGCCCGUGCUCACCAUCAAGGACGCUCUGAAGCAAGACCCGGACGCCGUCAAACCCGACACCAUGAUGCAGCUCGAGCUGAAGACGGGCGGUGACGCCGAAGAGGCGAUCGCAGCGGCGCCGCGGCAGGUGUCGGGCGAGUUCCAGAUCGGCGGCCAGUACCACUUCUACAUGGAGACGCAGACGGUGCGCGUGGUGCCCUGCGAGGACGACCAGCUGACGGUGUACUGCUCCACGCAGGACCAGCGCGACGUCCACCAGACCGUGGCGCGCACCGUCAAGGUGCCGGCCAACAAAGUAAACACGGAGGUGCGGCGGCUCGGCGGAGCAUACGGGGGCAAGCUGUCCUACUCGACGCCGGUCGCUGCGUCCGCCGCCCUAGCGGCAGUGAAGCUCAACAGGCCCGUCCGCAUCGUCCUUGACAUCGAGACCAACAUGGAAAUGUUUGGAGGGCGCUUGCCGUACUUGAUUCAGUACAAGGCCGGCGUCGAAGAGUCCGGCAAGAUACAGGGCCUUACGAUGCGCUACAUUUGCGACUCGGGCUUUGCCUCAUCGGCCACCACCGGCUUCUCGGCGGUGGCGCUGUCGCAGAACGUCUACCACCCCACCAACUGGGACGUGGCGCCGGGUCACGUCAACACCAACCUGGCGCCCAACACCUGGUGCCGUGCUCCAGGUACCACCCAAGGCAUAGCGGGCAUCGAACACGUGAUGAACCGGAUCGCCCACGAGCUCAAGAUGGACCCCUGGGAGUUGCGGAAGGUCAACUUUUUCACUCCGGAGACAAAGUUUCCGAUGAGCGCCAGCUCGGAGUGGGACCACACCGUGUUCAAGCUGAUGGUCGACGAGAUGUUCUCGGAGGCGGACAUCGAGGCUCGCAAAGCAGCCGUCAGCAAGUUCAAUCGGGAGAACCGGUGGCGCAAGCGAGCGCUGUCGCUCCUUCCGAUGAGGUACCCAGUCCACCUCUGGGCCAAGUACCCCGCGCUCGUGUCUAUCUACGACGCGGAUGGCACCGUGGUUGUGUCAGUGGGCGGCAUAGAGAUGGGCCAGGGACUCAACACCAAGGUGGCCCAGGUGUGCGCCUACGAGUUGGGCGUGCCCUUGGACAUGGUGGCCGUGAAGCCGAGCAACAACUUGGUCAGCCCCAACCCGUCUCCCACCGGCGGCAGCAUCGGCAGUGAAAUGACCUGCAUGGCCGUGCACGAGGCGUGUCAGGAGCUGCGAGCCCGCCUGAAGCCGUUCCAGGGCGAGGACAAGGCCUGGGUGAGGGUGGUCAGCGACGCCUCCAGCGCCCAGGUCAACCUCACCGCCCAUUCGAUGUCCCGCCGCAAGUCGCAGACCUACAGCGUGUUCGGCCUGACGGCCGCCGAGCUGGAGCUGGACGUGCUGACGGGCGAGAGCUGCGUGCGCCGCCUGGACCUGUACGAGGACGCCGGCCAGGCGCUGUCGCCCCUGAUCGACAUCGGCCAGGCCGAGGGCGCUUUCGUCAUGGGCAUGGGCCUGUUCCUGACUGAGCGGCACCGCUUCGACGUCGAGACCGGCCGCCGACUGACCAACAGGACAUGGAACUACUACGUGCCGACUCUGAAGGACAUUCCACGAGACUUCCGAGUGAAAUUACUGAAGAAUAACAAGAACGAGAUCGGCAUCUUCAAUUCCAAAGCCACCGGCGAGCCGCCGCUCUGCAUGACCAGCGUGUGCCUGUUCGCACUGCAAGAGGCCGUCGCUAGCGCGCGCCGCGACGCUGGCCAUACGGACUGGUUCGACUUCGACGCCCCGGGCACCGUGGAGCGGGCUCAGAUGGCGUGCGCCAGCACCCCGGACAUGUUCGUCAUCGCCUAGUGCAGCGGCCAGCGGCGCUGGCGGCGCGGCCGCCCGCCGGACCGGGCGCGGCGUGCGCAGCGUCAGUGGCGCCCGGAUCGGCUCCGCGCAGCGCCGCCGCAGAGCGGGUCGUCUGCCUGUGGACUGGCGCCGCCGCCGGCUCAUCGUCGCCAUGGCGUCGGCAGCUGCUCCUCUGUCCAGCUGUUUUCAGGAAGCCAGCCGGGCGUAGCGCAGCGGGUUAGAACUGUUUCUUGGUGACGGUGCUGGAUGGUAUUUGUGUCUAUUUCGUGCUGCGUUAGGUAGAGAUAGUGGUACGGUUUCUGUUAGUUGCUGGUGAUCUAUCGGACAACGCAUUCAAGGAGUUUGCCGAGGUUUCCUCCGCAUCAUUUCGUGUGGUUGUGUUUAACCCUAUGGUUAUGAAAGUAAGAAGAAAUGUCCAUUCAAUUUUAAAGCGCUCAGUUAUCAUUUCCUGAAACCACCCGUUUUUUCGUUGCGCAUCUCAGAUGCCCGCCAAGCUAAAUUUGAAUGCAUAUUUGAUAGAGACAACUGAUGCGUCACUAGUUUGCUUGUUCCUCAAGCCUUAACCGUGCUUUCGUUUCUGGGCUUAUGCUAAGGUGUGGUGCCUCCAAUAUUUUGAAAAUAUGUGGACUAGAUGGCACAGUUUAUCUGCAGUAGUUCUUUGUAGUGUACUGGUGGUGCUGACUGUCUUACGACCAUUUUAUCGUAGUAACUCUGUUGUCCAUUAUGUAUCGAUGCAUUACAAUACAUUAUAGAUGUAUCA